CAUCACCCGGCUGGAUUUACGCCGCCUGCUUCCUGUAUCAAUUUGUUAGCCAGAUUAAAACGGAUUUUGCUCCCGCACCGUCGGUCUGCCGUUAUGUCAACAAUGAGGUGACUAACUGUCAAGCGAUAUAUGGACAAUUCUGUGCGUAGAUAAACUGAGUUGCCGUGAGAUGCUGGCUUUCAGACCAGAAUUCACAUUUAAUGUCAAUCUGAGCCGCAUGUGAGGGUUUCCUCUCAGCAGCUGAUCUCGAUCACUACAGGGGAAUAUUGCAUUGUCCGCUUGGAAGAAGUGCUUUUAGAAGAUGUCGUGGUUCAGUCAUGUCAGUCAAGGCUCAAAUAAUCAGCAGCCGUCUGCCAGCCUGUUCGGCCCCCUCAAUCCCAGCCUCGGUGCGCCCUCGGCGGCAUCACUGGCCGUGGCAUCGCACGACUGGGCUGGUUUCUCCUCUCCCAGCCCGGAAGACUUCCCGUCGGCUCCGCGGGGGGUCUCCAGCCCGCCCAGCCUGGAGAACCUGUCCUGUGCGUCCCCCGGUGCCGGUUCGCUGCGGGAGCCGGAGCCCAUCUCCUACGUGACCCUGCAGGAGCAGCGCUGCGUCCUGAGCUGGUUCCAGGGCUGGACCGCCGCGCAGAGGGAGCGGUUCCUGCAGGACCUACUGGGCAAAGCUGUGCCGGGAAAAGUGUGCACCCUCCUAGAUUCUCUGAGCACUCUCCAGGUCAAAGACAGACUACCAAACAUCUUCGAAUGCCAGCUGCGCCUGUGGACCCAGUGGUUUGAGUCUUGGGGAGAGGAAGAGAGGAAUCAUUUCCUGCACAUGCUGGAGGAGAGAGAUCCAGUGUUUGUGGCCCACUUUUAUAAGUGUGUAGCCGGAACCGCAGGAAGAGACUGAACACACAACCUCUUCAAUUAUUUGAAAGCAGAUUAAACGUGUGGUGCACAGAAGCGUAUUUGAUGUGAGAUGGUUCACUUUAGAGAGACUUGUAUUGUUGAAGGAUAACUGAAACAUUAAGACCACGAUCGUAAGCUGUUUCUACUCUGUUUUUGUAUAAUUUCUUUUUGGAUACAAAAUCUGCUGUGUUCACAUUUUUAUAGGCUCAUGACUGAUGCUUUGUUGUACUUGCUGGAGUUGAAAUAAAGCAAUUGUCACACA